CCGAAUAGACUGCAACUCACAACAUUUAGCCUUGAAAAACGCUAACAAGCAGCUAGGCAUGUAAGCAAAAUAAAGCGCACGAACGCUUCUUUACACUAAUCGAUAAAUACUUAACGUGAAUUCCCAGCUGUCCAGUCUGAUGGAAGCUCUGGUUUACCGCUUUAUUACUCACAGGUUAGGUUAGCUGUGCAAUUGUCGUUGUCCGUGCUGUCACCGAUCACAGCUAACUAGCUAACUAACUUUAGCCUGCGGAAAGAAGAGAUUUAGUGACCUUCAGCUCAUAACUAGACAAUUCUUCCGACUUACCACCGUAUGUUGGUUUUCAGUAACUUUGUAUUGCCAUGCAUUGGAGCCCGGGACGUUACCCAGCCCUAUGGGCGUAGAUUAGUUAGCGUUAGCUAGGUUAACUAACCUCGGUUACGCUCUGAAAUGAUUACCACUCGAACCUGUUAGUUUGCUGGUUAAAUGAGUGUCUAGCUAGAUGUGUGACUAGAACCUGUUAUUUGUCAAUACAUCACGCUUUCUUGAAUUAUAUACGUUACCAUGUACAAGCAGUCCUCACUAGAUUUAGAUCCCAGGUCAAUGCCCAGGCAACCAGACGCUAUCCUCCAUAAAAACGGAGAAAACAAUAGUCCUAUAAGCGUAAUUUUAGUCAGUUCAGGUAGCCGGGGAAACAAGCUGCUCUUCCGAUAUCCUUUUCUGAAGGUGUCUGAAAACACAUCAUCAUCUGCAACUAAACAGAGGAGUCCAUAUGUGCUGAGGACCACAGGCGAUUCCACAGAUGACUCCGAUGGAGACUCAAGAGAACAAACUCCACUAACUGAUGAACAGUUGGUAGCAGGAUUCUCUGAUAUUAUUCUUGCUACCAUCUUGGCCACCAAAUCAGACAUGUGCGGCAAAAAGUUUGAACUGAAGAUUGACAAUGUUCGCUUUGUUGGACAUCCCACCCUCCUGCAGCCCCCCCACACCAUUCAGGUCUCUAAGACAGACCCUUCACCCAAAAGAGAAAUGCCCACCAUGAUCCUAUUCAGUGUUGUAUUUGCAUUAAGGGCCAACGCAGACCCAUCAGUGAUCAGCUGUAUGCAUAACCUGUCCCGGCGCAUUGCCAUUGCCCUGCAGCAUGAGGAGCGCCGUUGCCAAUACCUCACCAGAGAGGCCAAACUAAUGCUGGCCAUGCAGGAUGAGAUCACUACAAUGACAGAGAAUGGCACACCUCAGUCACCCUUUCGACACAUACUUCCCAAGUGUAAACUGGCAAGAGACCUGAAAGAAGCCUAUGACAGCCUCUGCACAACUGGAGUGGUGCGACUUCACAUUAACAACUGGCUGGAGGUCAGCUUCUGUCUGCCCCACAAGAUCCAUAGAGUGGGAGGGAACCACAUUCCCCCAGAGGCCCUAGAGCGCAGCCUCAAGGCCAUCCGGCCGUACCAUGCUUUGCUGCUGCUGGACAGUGAGAAGGCCCUGCUGGCUCAGCUCCCUCUUGACUGCUCUCCUGCUCUGGUGCGACUCAUCAAAAUCUGUUCGGCCAUGAAGAAUCUGCAGCAGCUGGCUCAGGAUGCCGACCUGGCUCUUCUGCAGGUCUUUCAAAUAGCUGCUCACUUGGUGUAUUGGGGUAAAGCCAUUAUUGUGUAUCCACUAUGCGAGAACAAUGUCUACAUGCUCUCUCCACAUGCCAACAUCUGUCUGUACUCUCCAUUAGCCCAGCAGUUUGCCCAGCAGUUUCCUGGUCAUGAUCUGCCAUCCAUGUUAGCCAAGUUCUCUUUACCUGUGUCUCUGUCAGAGUUCCGAAACCCGCUGGACGCUCCUGUACACGAGGCCCAGCUGAUCCAGAUGGUGGUGUGGAUGCUGCAGCGCCGGUUGCUGAUCCAGCUGCACACCUAUGUGUGCUUAAUGGUGCCACCCAGCGAGGACCAGCCAGCUCCACCAGAUGAUGAGCCACUGCUGGCAAGCCGCAUGACUGGUCGCAGCCUGAGCACACCCAGCGCCCUCAGCUUUGGCUCUCCAACCAGCAGUGAUGACAUGACACUGACCAGCCCCAGCAUGGAUAACUCCAGUGCAGAGCUGCUGCCAGGUGGAGACUCUCCACUAAAUAAGAGGAUGACUGAGACACUGCUAGCCAGUCUGACAGAGCAUGAACGACAAGCCAUCCUCAGUGUGCCAGCUGCGCAGAACCCUGAAGACCUUCGCAUGUUUGCCAGGUUGCUGCACUACUUUAGAGGCCAUCAUCACCUGGAGGAGAUAAUGUACAAUGAAAACAUGCGACGCUCCCAGCUGAAGACUCUUUUCGACAAGUUCCGCAGUGUUUUAGUGGUUACCAACCACGAGGACCCCAUCAUUUCUCUGUUCCAAUCCCCACCAGAGUAACACAAGAGUUUUGAGUUGAAGCUUCACAUAGCAAAAUACCAUCUGGACCUACAGAUAUAAUACUGUGCGCUAUGCAUGCUGGCAGUAUUACUAAUCAUUUAAGUGCUAGAAGGUCACCCUCGCUGGCUAACAUUCUUGUCGGUCUGACAGGGAUUUAAAUAUGACUUUGUUCUGUAAGAAAACAUGCAACAUGGCAUGCCUAGUUUACUGUACAUAUAUUUUGACAUAAAAUAUUUUGCCUUUGUCUCAAA